AAACGACUAGCAAGCUAUAAAUAAUCAUGGUUUAACUUUACGCUAUGCAGUCUAGAACAGAACUUGAAAUCAUGAAAGUGUUCAUUAUUACUUUGUUGUUUUACUACGUGCAUUAUGGAGAGAGCAUGCCAAAUGAAACGCAGUUUAAAAGAUUUAGGCCUGACUACCAUUACAAUGAAUUGGCUGGAGGCUGGGUGAAGUUCCAUCACGUACCAACCACGUGGCUCGAGGCACGGCUAAGAUGUUAUUUAGAAGGAGCCGUUUUGGCUUCACCAGUCAAUGAAAACAUGAAACAAGGUCUGAUUGAACUGCUGGUCGAUCAGUUGGAGAGUAAAGUCUUUACUGGAAUUCACUCAAUCUUUUCAAAGGGAGACUUCACAUCUGUUGAUGGUAUCCCUGUUUAUGAAAUGCCCGUGAAUAUAAGAAGUGGGGAUAUAUCGGGAGAAUGUGUCACUUUUAUGAUGGACGGACGACUGGAAGGUCACGACUGCUCAAGUAAAUACCCAUACAUAUGCCACAAACGAGCGCCAAGGGAUCUGACGACUUCAAUUUGCGGAAUCGAUCAAGAGUAUAAAUAUGACCCGCGAACUGGCAGCUGCUACAAGUUUCACAAAUUCGGGCGAACUUGGUACCAAGCUGCCUCGGUGUGUGCUGCAGAGGGUGGGCACCUGGCCAUCAUCAACAGUGACGUGGAGGCUGAAGUCAUUAAGGGGAUAUACCAGAACUACCCCGACGACACCAUCCAGGCGGACUACAAACACACAGCGAGUAUCGGAUUCCUAGAUUGGGGAGUACGAGGACUCUGGUGGACAAUACACGGUCAAGAUUUGACAGAAGCCGGCUACAGCAAGUGGAAUAAAGGAUCUCCUGACGACAAGACCCAGUAUUGUGGCGCAGUGAUGAGGGCAGGGACAUUGAAUGACAUAUGGUGUGAAAAACAAACUUUUCCUGCCAUUUGUGAGAAGACUACAGAGUUUAGCCCUAGACCGAUAACCCUACGAUAAAAGUCUAUAAUAAACUACCUACAUCUAUAUAUAUAUAUAAAAGAAAGUCGUGUUAGUUACAGCACUUACAACUCAAGAACGGCUGAACCGAUUUAGCUGAAAAUUGUCAGGCAGGUAGUUUAGAGCCAGGAGAAGGACAUAGGAUACUUUUUAUCCCGUUCGAAAUAAAUAAAAAGUCUGCUUAUUUAUUGCCAUUAAGGCGGAACAAAGUUCGCCGGGUCAGCUAGUACCUACAUAAAAUCUGAACCAAAUACAA